AUGUCGAUCUGGAACUAUGUCGUCACGGCGCAUAAGCCGACAGCUGUCACGCACUCAUUGGUCGGCAGCUUCACAGGGACCCACGACAUGAACCUAAUUGUUGGCAAGUCCACGAGGAUGGAGAUUUACCUUCUCACCCCAAAGGGCCUUCAGCCGCUAGUGGACGUGCCGCUGUACGGCCGCAUCGCCACCAUGGAGCUCUUCCGACCGCCCGGCGAGUUGAAGGACCUGCUGUUCAUAUGCACGGAGCGGUACAAGUUCUGUGUGCUCGAGUAUGACGCCCUCUCCAGGGAGCUCAUCACCAGGGCCAAUGGGGACGUCUCUGAUCGAAUCGGGCGACCAACAGACAAUGGCCAGAUCGGCAUAGUGGACCCCGACUACCGCAUCAUUGGGCUGCAUCUGUACGACGGGCUCUUCAAGGUCAUUCCCAUCGACGCCAAGGGCCACCUCAAGGAGGCCUUCAACAUCCGGCUGGAGGAGCUGCAGGUGAUCGACAUCAAGUUCCUGUUCGCCUGUGAACGCCCCACCAUUGCCGUGCUCUACCAGGACAAUAAAGAUGCCAGGCACGUGAAGACAUACCAAGUGCAGGUGCGCGACAAGGACUUCACGGACGGGCCGUGGCAGCAGAGCAAUCUGGACGGCGGGGCGGCGCUCAUCAUCGCCGUGCCGCCGCCCAUGGGGGGCGCGCUCAUCGUGGGCGAGCAGAGCAUCGUCUACCACAACGGCGCCGUGCUCAAAGCCCUGCCCAUGCGCCCGUGUCUGGUGGAGGCGUAUGGGCGUGUGGAUCCGGACGGCUCGCGCUACCUGCUGGGGGACCACAUGGGCACUCUCAUGCUGCUGGCGCUCAGCCGCGACAAGGACCGGGUGGUGACGAUGAAGCUGGAGACACUGGGGAGCGUGUCAUCCCCCGCCACCAUCUCAUACCUCGACAACGGAGUCGUCUUCCUUGGCUCCGCUCACGGCGACUCGCAGGGCGAUCCUCAGGUGCUCAGGGCAACCCUCAAAUCCUCGCUGGUGAUUCUCUCAGGUGGUGCCCAUUGGACGUCGACCUUUCUCCUCUCCCCUCCUCUCUCCGUCCCCCCCUCCCUCCCCCUCUUCUCCCCCUCUGUUCCCUACCCAUCUUCCUUCCUCUCCACUGGCUCGUGCCUCCCAUUGUGUCUCUCCCAUUCUCAGCUGAUCCGCCUGUCAGAGCACCCAGCAGCGACGGGCAGCUACGUGGAGGAGAUGGAGCGGUUUGUGAAUCUGGGGCCCAUCGUGGACAUGGCCGUGGUGGACCUCGACCGCCAGGGGCAGGGCCAGCUCGUCACGUGCUCGGGGGCCUUUGGCGACGGGUCGCUGCGCGUCGUGCGCAACGGCAUCGGGAUCAACGAACAGGUGGGCGUGUGGUGUUUGCAAGUGCACCCAUGUUCUCUUCCUUUUGCUCCCCCUCUGCACCCCUCGUCCCACUCCACUCCAGUUUUCCUACACCUUAUGCGUGCUUGUUUCGCUCACACUCAUCAACGAGCUGUCAGUGUGCGCGCGCUUUUUGUGAUAUGCUUUGCCCCGCACACAGCAGGCGAUGGUGGAGCUGCAGGGCACAAAGGGCAUGUGGUGGCUGGAGAUGAACACAUGUUACCUGCGACGGUGGAGCUGGAGGGCAUCAAGGGCAUGUGGUCGCUGCGGCGCGGCACGUGGGAGGCACACGACACGUUCCUGGUGGUCACGUUUGUGAGCGAGACGCGGUCGCUCGCCAUAAACGAGGAGGACGAGCUGGACGAGACGGACGUGCUGGGCUUCGACCAGCACGCGCAGACGCUCUUCUGUGGGAACGUGCUGCACGACCAGAUCGUGCAGGUGGCAGCAUCGCAGCUGUGGCUCGUGAACGCCCACUCGCUGCAACGGCUGGUGACGGCAUCGGAGCUGCGGCUGGUGAACGCGCACACACUGCAGCAGGUGACCGAGUGGCGGGCGCCUGCAGGCGCAUCCAUCAACGUCGCCACCGCCAACCUCUCCCAGGGUAGGGUAGGUGCAGAUGACUUGGACGGGGGGGUGCAUGCUGCUGUGCAUGGACGCAUGGAGCCUUUUUCUAAGCGCCUCAGAAUUCGACUCUCUCUUGUCCAGGUGCUGCUGGCAACGGGGGGCGGCACGCUGGUGUAUGUGGAGGUGGGCGAGGGCACGCUGACAGAGAGGACGCAACGCGCGGUGCCCGUGGCUGCGUUGGCGGUGGUGGGCAUGUGGACGGACAUGAGUGUGCGCGUGCUGCGCCUGCCGGGGCUGGAGGAGGUGCACAAGGAGGUGCUGGGGGGGGACAUCAUCCCGCGCUCCGUGCUCAUGUGCUGCCUCGAGCAGGUGGGUGGGAAUGUGCUGCCUCGAGCAGGUGGGUGGGAAUGUGCUGCCUCGAGCAGGUGGGUGGGAACGUGCUGCCUCGAGCAGGUGGGUGGGAAUGUGCUGCCUCGAGCAGGUGGGUGGGAAUGUGCUGCCUCCAGCAGGUGGGUGGGAAUGUGCUGCCUCGAGCAGGUGGGUGGGAAUGUGCUGCCUCGAGCAGCCCUUCCACUCCCCACUUACCCUUCCUACUUCCCGCCGUUCCCCAACGCUGCAGUUGCCGUGCCGUACCUGCUGUGUGCGCUGGGCGACGGGCACCUCUUCAACUUCCACCUCGACCGCGAGACCGGGCAGCUGUCUGACCGGAAAAAGGUCUCCCUGGGCACGCAGCCGAUGACGCUGCGCACGUUCCGGUCGCGCGACGCCAUGCACGUGUUUGCGGCGUCGGACCGGCCGACAGUGGUGCACAGCAGCAACCGCAAGCUGCUCUACUCCAACGUGAACCUCAAAGAGGUCACCCACAUGUGCUCCUUCAACUGCGCCUCCUUCCCCGACAGGUGCGCUACGGGGACGGAUACAGCACAUCCAUACGCGCUGCCACCUCUCUCCACGUGUCCCCUGCCACCCACCUGCCCUCGCAGCCUGGCACUAGCGAAGGAAGGAGACCUGACGAUCGGCAGCAUCGACGACAUUCAGAAGCUGCACAUCCGCACGGUGCCUCUCAGGGAGCAGCCGCGCCGCAUUUGCCACCACGAGCAGUCGCACUCCAUCGCCGUCACCACCAUUAAAGUCAGCCUGGUGCGUCGCACUCCGCUGCUCACCCCGUGUUUCCGUUUUUACGUUACGAGUGAAUGCUGUGACACAUGGUUCACACUGGUGUGGUCGCUCACCGCCCCAUCCCUCUCCCCAUCCCCCCUCGUCAGGUCGCUCAGCAGCCACACGGGCACGACGCGCGGAGUCACCGUGAUGCUCCUGCUGAGCGCCCACAAGUUCAACCACCUGUCCCACCUGCCUCUGUCCCACCUGCCUCUGCAGCCCCCUUGUCACCAUGUGCCUUCCCCAGUGACACCACAAUCACCCAUCUCUCUCUCUCUCACCUCUAACUCGCUCGCUCGCUGCACGCCCGCUCUCCAGGUGAACGGAGACGAGGCGGAGAGUCACCAGAUGCGCCUGCUGAGCGUGCACACGCUCGACCACCUCUCCCACCUGUCGUUAGCUGUCUUCCCCCACUCACACCACAGUCGCCCAGAUCUCUCUCUCUCAUUCGCCUCUGCACCGUGCGCACUCUCCCCGUGCCCGUGCGCCCAGGUGAACGGCGAGGAGGCGGAGAGCCACUACGUGCGCCUCUUGAGCGACCAGACGUUCGAGCAGCUGUCGCACCUACCGUUGGAGCCGUUUGAGAACGGGUGCUCCAUCAUCUCCUGCUGCUUCGCUGACGACCCCACCGCCUACAUCGUGGUCGGCACCCGCCUUUGCCUUCCCGGACGAGCAGGAACCCACCAAGGGUCGCAUCCUGGUGCUGGCAGUGGAGGGCGGCAAGCUACAGGUGGUGGCGGAGAAGGAGACCAAGGGCGCGGUGUACACGCUGAACGCGUUCAACGGCAAGGUGCUGGCGGGCAUCAACAACAAGGUGCAGCUCUUCCGGUGGGCGGCGCGGGACGACGGCGGCAGGGAGCUGCUGGUGGAGUGUGGGCACUUCGGGCACAUCCUGGCGCUCUACACCGCGUGCCGGGGGGACUUUAUCGUUGUUGGCGACCUCAUGAAGAGCAUGUCGCUGCUCGUCUACAAGCAAGAGGAGGGGGCGUUGGAGCUGAGGGCGCGGGAUUUCAACGCCAACUGGAUGACGGCGGUGGAGGUGGUGGACGACGACGUGUACAUCGGCGCGGAGAACAGCUUCAACCUCUUCACCCUGCGCAAGAACGGCGAUGCCCCCACCGACGAGGAGCGCGGGCGCCUGGAGGUGGUGGGCGAGUAUCACCUGGGCGAGUUUGUGAACCGCUUCCGCCACGGGUCGCUGGUGAUGCGGUUACCAGACUCGGAGACGGCCAACAUCCCCACGCUGCUCUUCGGCACUGUCAGCGGCGCCAUCGGGGUCGUUGCCUCGCUGCCGCAGGACCUCUUCUCCUUCCUGCACCGCCUGCAG